AUGCCAUCUGGAAUCGAAAAUACUUUUCUGACAGCAGCAGUAGGAGCAUUCAUGAUUGGAAUGUUGGGGAAUGGUUUCAUCGCACUCGUCAACUGCAUUGACUGGGUGAAGCAUCGAAAGCUCUCGCCAGCUGACUGCAUCCUCACCAGCCUGGCUGUCUCCAGAAUCAUUCUUCUUUGGAUGAUACUAUUCGAUUCGCUUGUAAUGGUGUUUUGGCCACAUCUAUAUAACAUGGAGAAACUAGCUACCGCUGUUAGUAUCUGUUGGACACUGACCAAUCACCUAGCUACCUGGUUUGCCACCUGCCUGAGUGUUUUCUAUUUCUUUAGGAUAGCCAAUUUCUCCCACCGCUGUUUCACCUGGCUGAGGCGGAGAAUUAGCAGGGUGCUCCUUGUGCUUCCUCUGGGGUCUUUAUUCUUACUGGUUUUCAACCUCAAAUUAUUAGAUGGAUUUUCUGAUCUCUGGGCUACCAUCUACCACAACUCAUAUGAAAGAAACUCAACUCGGCCCCUAGAUGUAAGUAAAACUGUGUAUCUUAACAGCUUGGUUAUUCUCAGUUUCAUCUACUUAAUCCCCUUCCUUCUGUCCCUGACCUCACUGCUGCUUUUAUUUCUCUCCUUGAUGAGACAUACCAGGAACGUGCAACUGAACUCCAGCUCGAGGGACUUCAGCACAGAGGCCCAUAGAAGGGCCAUGAAAAUGGUGAUAUCUUUCCUCCUCCUCUCCACGGUUCAUUUUUUUUCCAUCCAGUUAACAGGUUGGAUUUUCCUUUUACUGAAGAAACAGCAUGCCAAUUUGGCGGUCACGUUGACAUCGGCUCUUUUUCCUUCAGGCCACUCAUUUAUCCUCAUUUUUGGAAACAGCAAGCUGAGACAAACUGCUUUAGGACUACUGUGGCAUCUCAAUUGCCACCUGAAAAUGGUGAAACCUUUAGCUUCAUAG